AUGCUGAGCAGCCGUGCGGCGGCGGCGACCUCGAUGUUGUCGCUCUGUGCUCCGCAUCCGGCGGCCUCGCUAAAUAGAGCGAAAAGCAAUGUCGCCGCGGAGACCCCUGCUGGAGGAGUUAAGUCGUUUAACCGGGUAUCGGUUGCACCAUGGGCUUCAACGAGGUCAAGCAGUCAUGCUCGGCGUUGCGUAGCCAUGGCAGCCCAAACCGAAGAAAACCAGCCUCCUCCUUUCUUCGACAUUAUCGACAUCAAAGAGCUCCCUGACGGCACCGUCCUCUACUCCUUCGGCGAUGUCGACCCCUCGGCGCCUCCAAAGAUCGAUCCCACGCCAGAGCCUACACCCGAAGUCUCUGCUGAACCGACACCCGCACAGGAACCUGAACCCACUUCCGAACCUGCCUCAGAACCCGCUCCCGAGCAAGCUCAAGAGCCCGAACCUCAACCAGAGCCCGAGCCUGUUCCCGAGCCGGAACCUGAGCCCGAGCCAGUGCCUGCGCCAGAGCCGGUAGCCGAGACAGCUGCACCGGCGGAGCCCGAAGCUCCAGAGGAGGUUGCGGAGGUUGCUCGAGCAGGAGUGGAAGCAGAGGAGGCAGAAGCAGCAACUGCUACUGAAGCAGUGCAAGAAGAGGUGAGCGCAGAUCCCGUAGAAGUUGCUGCGGCAGCAGACAACGCAUUAGCCGAUACUCCCGAGGAGGCAGAGCCUGCAGCAGUCGAGGCCGCUCCCACAGCGGUCGAGGCGGAGGCAGCAAUAGAUGCCAUGGCGAGGAAAAUGGAGGCGGCGGCCGCAGCGCUCGAGUCCAGCGAUGAUGAAUCGGAGCUUGUCGAAGCAGCCACGCGGUGGCGUUCGUCACUCCCCCCCCGGCUGCCUUCUAAGUUCAAGCGCCAAUUCCCAAGGUUCCAGUCCAGACCGCGCCCAGGCACCCGCUUUACAGAAGUUGUUCUGAACCUGUCUGGCACUGCUGCUGCGGAAGAGAAACAGCUGGAACCUGUUCCUGUCUCAGAUGCGCCAGUCGCUGUUGCUGUGGAAGAAGAGGUUGUGGAGAGUCAAGAAGAAAAUGCAGGAGAAAUCGAGGCGGUGGUGGAAGCAGCGUCGAGUGUGAAUGGGGGGGUGAAGAGGCGAGAUAUUCUGGAGGCGAUGACUGCCCAGGAUUUGAAAUCGUUGCUCAAGGAGAGGAAAGUGCGGGGGUAUUCGAGGAUGCGCAAGGCUGAGCUUGUGGAAUUUCCGUUGAGAGUUGCUACAAGCGAUGGGAAGCGGGAGAUCAACUUUGAGAAGGCGAAUCGCAACUGCACAGAUCCCUUCCAGUUCGAAAGCAUUCGCAAAGAGCCCUGCGAGUGCACGCCUUCAGACUAUGAAAGGGAGUACUCGAAAGGGGACGAUGGGAAAUGCUACCUGCAGUAUCGGCCAAGCAACUGCCAGGGAGGGCAGGAGUCGAAGCGAAUCCCGGUUGACCUUCUCUUCUGCGAGCUGAAGCCCGUCCCAUGCACAGAAGCCAACGUGAAGAGCAUGUACCUCACGUGUGACUACAUCCGUGACCCAUCCACCAACCAGCAGCUCUCCAAGACUCGCAUGAUCCAGGUGGUGUAUUACUUUGACAACCAGUGCAACCCUGCUGCUCGCGGCUCCCUUGCCCUUCCACCCAGCGACUACAUCCCAUGCGACACACGCUGUGGUCCGGGGAUGUUCCUCAAAGGCAACAACUGCCACAAGUGCCCCGCAGGCACGUACAGCAUGGGAGGCGGUUUCCGCUACGAUGCAUUUAAGAACCUCGACCCCAAGGUCUUUCAGACGGAGUGCUCCUUCAACAACGCCACAGGCACGUUCCCCUGUGAGGGGUGGUAUGCAGAGGAGGGGCAGCUGAAAGUGGGCUCCUACGACCCUGCCAACUACUGGCUCGAGGAGGAGUGUGCAUAUUUCACCAACAUGACAUGCCAUAACAACCUGCAAUCCAUGCUCAAGCUGCCCCUCACUCUCGUCAGGGAUGGGUACGUCACGUUCCGCUUCACAGUGAGUUCAGAGAGGCAGAGGGACGGACUCGUGUUCUAUAUCGACGACCUCAACACCCCCGCCAUGCUGCUUGCUUACAAUCAGUUCGACCCCAAGGAGGUGCGCUUCCCACUGGCAGCGGGCAGGCACACUCUUGUGUGGGCCUAUGUCAAGGACUCGUCCUUCACACAGGGCAGGGACUCUGCUGCCAUUCAGUUUCUGGAGGUGGACGGCACGGCAUACACCGACUCAACCUGCCUCAAAUGCCCUGCAGGAUUCUUCAGUGGGGAGCAAGCCACCAACUGCACAGCAUGCCCUCCUGACCACAUCUCAGCAGAGAAUUCGGGCAGGUGUGAGGCGUGCAACAGCACCACAUACGCCCUCACCAUGCCCCGUACCCAGUGCACCCCGCGCCCUCUGUGCAACGUGACAGUAGACGCCACGCCCACCUUCACCCCCUGCUCUGCCUCCUCACGCACGCGCACGCGAGUGUGGUCGUGGCUCUCCCCCCAAGUCUGCCAGGCAGACCCCGCCCACGGCCUCCCUCCCAACUCCACCGAGCCAUGCGAGCCAUGCCCGUCAGGGCAAUACGCGGUUGUGGAUUCUGCUUCUGACACUCUCACCUGCACCUUCUGCCCCUCUGGCACAGCACGGAAUGCCUCAGAAGCAUCAACAGUGCCACCACUCCCCCCUCCAGGCACGGCUGCCCCUCCCCCAGCAGCGCCCUCCCCCACAUCGGACGAAACAUGCCACCCAUGCCAACCUGGCGAGGCGGCAGUGAAGGUGCUCCUGCUGGAGCAUUUCCAAAAUGUGGAGGACGGGAAGCUUCCCAGCGGCUUCCAGACGGGAUGCAGUGGGGAGUGUGGGUCGGGUGGGUGGCGCGUGUUGGGGGACUACCUGGACUCGGGGGCGAAUAACGGCAAGACCGCUUCUGUAUGGCUAGCACUGACGGUGAAUCUCUCUAUCCCCGGCUACAUCACGUACGACUUUGACGUUGACAUCCCUCCUGGUGACCUGCAGCGCGGCCUCUUCUUCUACGUGGACGACAACCUGCUCGAGAACAUCGAGGACGGGGGCAGCAUGGGCGUGAGCGUGCCAGUGGGUCGAAGCAGCAGCCAGCAGUGGGCGCUGGCAGCAGGCAGCCACCGCAUCAUGUGGGUGUGGGUCACACUCAACGCUGAUCGCACCCUCGUAGACCGCUCCUCCGCCAUCCUGCACAGCGUGCGCGUGUGGGGGGCAGCACAGGGGGGCGCGCCCGGGUGUGUGCGCAUCCCUGCAGGCGCGCAGAAGGGACAGAGUGGGGACGCGUGGGAGGAGUGUCCUGCUGGGUACUACAGCGAAGGAGGGGAAGGGCUGUGCGAGAAGUGCCCUGCCAACACCUUUAAUCCCAAGCCAGCGGGCAACCGCACAGCCUGUGAGCCCUGCGGCCCAGGCACAACCUCCCUCGAAGGCAGUGCAGAGUGCGCCAUAGGGGACGUCACCUCGCCCUCCUCCUUCUGCACCUUCAUCGUGCGCUCCUUCAACUCCACAGACACUCUGCUCUACGACCUCUCCCCCCUCGCGCACCAAAACCUGGGGCGCCUCGUGGGGCCGAUUUAUGAGGGCCCUUCCUUUGUAGACCUGCAGAAGGGGCCCAAAUACUAUGUGUCGGUGUGUGCUCGCAGCAACAGUGACAACCCUGUGUAUCGGCCUGGUGUUUCCUCUGGUGCUGCUGGGGGUGCUGCUGGUGCUGGCGGUGGGGCAGCUGGGGGCGGUGGUGUGUGGAGUGGUGAUAGUGAUGCUGGGAAGGGGGGCGGUGGCGGCAAGGGAGAGAGAGCCAACACAACGUAUCCGUGCAUCAUGUACACGGGGAAGCCGCUGAACAACACCUAUGUGUGCCGGAUCAACCCGAGUCUGAACGAGCACAGCACCGCCACAUCAGCCCACAGCCUGGGGGACACAGUGGCGCUGGCCCCCCUGGGAAGCUUUUCGCAGCCGCAGCUGCAGCGGAGAGGGCUGGUGAUGACAUUCCAUGGGGAGAGCUGCCCGAUGUCUGACGCCCCCAGCACCUUCAACCUCACCUUUAUUUGCGACCCUGAGGCUGGCUACGGCCACCCAGAGCCAUGGACGGAGGGGGGCAAGAAGGCAGCUCUAGACCCGAAUCUGUCAUAUCCCGCGUGGGCCAAUCGGUCGGGGGACGUAAUCCCAGUGGGGCGAGAGGCGCCGGUGUCGUGCCUGUUUCAGAUGGUGUGGUACACGGCGUAUGCAUGCCCGCUGUGCACCGUGCUAGAUAUGGAGCCUGUUGCUGUGGCGAAUUGUAUCGACAACAAGCGCUUCACGUACAAGUACAAGACUCCACGGCUUUGCCAGCCAAAUCCACAGGUGCCCUUGCCCCCUGAUGAGUUCUGCCCGCCAUGCACUAAGGACGACUACCAGAGAUUCGAGGACUCGUGCACCGAUGCCAACGGUGUGCACAACGUAACAUAUAUCUGGAAGCUUCCGAAGACUUGUAACGAGGAUCUCCCUGGGUCGGAGAAGCUUCCGGAAGGGACACUGGCGGGGGUUUGCGACAUGGAGGUGAAAUACAUUGCUUCAAGUACUUUGAGCCCUAAGUACAUGGCCAUUUUCGCGCUUGGAGGGCUGGCAAUUGUCGGGCUUGCGGUCAUGACGAUUAUGACAUGGCUCAAGAGCCGGAAGAUCUACAGGGAGUAUGAGAGGCUGUGCGAGAAUGCGGAGCAAGCUGAGGAGAAUGAGAUGGAGGAAAUGGAUGGGGGUGAUGAGGACGACGAGGAUGAGCAUGAGGAGGCACGCUUUCGUAGGCAGGGGGACGAGAGUAGUUAG